AUGAUAUCUAAGGAAAUCAACGCGUACGUGAUUGCCACCCAGUGGAUCACCAGUUUCAACAAGGCCACGGUAGACGGCAACCUCGACGCGUUUGUCAAGCAUUUCCUCCCAAAUGGGUGGCUUCGCGACGUCCUCUGCUUUACCUGGGAUUUCCGCUCUGUCGAAGGACACGCAAACCUCACCUCCUUCUUCUCUGAGUCCCUCGGUGCAGACACGCGCUUCUCUACCGUCAGCAUGCACGACAUCGCGCUUGACACGGACAUCACACUCGGUGGCCCCUCCACGUUCCCCGUUCCAGGAACAGAGAUCGUUGGGGUCCAGGGCGCGUUCCGCUUCGCGCUGCGCGAGCCCUCGGCACGAGGGAGGGGGUUCUUCAGGCUUAUGCCAUCGCAGGAGGGGUACAAGGCGCUCGUGGUGUAUACGGCGAUGCACAAGCUUGUGGGCCACGAGGAGCCAACGGAGAGGCCGAGGGGGAUUCCGCUGGAUGCAACGAAGAUGACAACGUGGGAGGAGGAUAGGGAGAAGGAGGUCGAGGCCAUCGAGAGUGAUCCUACUGUCCUUAUUGUUGGUGGUGGUCAGUGUGGGCUUAUGGUCGCGGCACGGUUCCGUCGCAUGGGUAUCCGGGCCUUGAUCAUCGAGAAGACUCCUCGCGUUGGUGAUGUCUGGCGUGACCGGAACUUCCCCCAGUACAUCGGCCGUACGAAGCUCGCGGACUUCAUGGAGUCAUAUGUCAUUCAGCAAGAACUCACUGUGUGGACAUCCUCAACCCUUCUGUCCAACCCCGCGCCCGUGUUUGAUGAGGCGACCAAGCGCUGGACUGUGAUCGUUAAUCGCGCAGGUAAUGAGGUGACACUCAACCCAAAGCACCUCAUCAUCGCGACGGGCAUCGGCGCGCCGUACAUCCCCCACAUCCCGGGGCAGGACAAGUUUGAGGGCGACAUGUACCACUCGGACUUACACCCAGGUGCUGUGAAGUACAAAGGCAAGAAGGUUGUUGUGAUUGGCGCUGGCAAUGCAGCUGCAGACGUAUGCCAGGACUUUGUCUCCAAGGGUGCGGCAUCGACGACGCUCGUGCAGCGCAGCGCGACGUGCAUCGCGUCACUCAAGUGGAGCGAGACGCGCUUCGGCCCGGCCUACCCGGAGAACCGCGACCUCAACGAUGCAGACCUGAUGAUGGACUCGAUGCGGCGCCGGCUCAUGCUGCAGGUCGCAGAGCAGACCCUUGAAGAGUCCAAAAAGGAAGACGCGGAGCUGCAUAAGGCGCUCGAGGAGAAGGGGAUGAAGCUCACGUGGGAGUACAAGGGCAUCAAGGCGGGCGCGCUCAUUUUUGGGUAUGAGAAGCUGGCGGGGAGCACGAUGCUCGAUACGGGCAUCGGCCAGCUCAUCAUCGACGGGCACGUCAAAGUGAAGCAGGGAGCCGAGCCCUCGCAUUUUGAGGAGAAUGCCAUCGUGUUAAACGACGGCUCGAGGCUCGAGGCCGAUGUCGUCGUCUUGGCCACUGGAUACUAUCCCACUACUGCAGGCAUCGAAGCGCUCCUGGGCCCCGAUAUUGCAGCUAAAGUAGGCCCCGUGUGGGGGCUCGACAGCGUCGGCGAGCUGCGCCGCACGUGGCGCCCCUCGGGACAGCAAGGCUUGUGGAUCUUCCUGGGCGGGUUCCAGCAGGCACGGUAUCACAGUCGCCAUGUCGCUCUGCAGAUUCUUGCAGAGGAGCUAGGGAUCAAAGGCGUCACGGAGGCUAUACCUAGUAAGCCCUUCUGCAAAGUGUGA